GUCUCUUAGUUUUCCACGGCGAUCGGGACCCGGUUUGAAACAGGGAUCGGUUCAUUUUUCCUCGACGCCUCAGAAUAAUUUCACCCGAUAUUCGCGUAAAUAGUGGAAAUUGCGUUUUAAGUCGUUAUCGAGGUCGCCAGCUGUUUUCUCUUCGGCGCCUGCGCACGAGCGCCCGUCCGGAAUCCACCGUCGGUCGACUGUCGCCAUAUUUCCAGUCGGUUAGGCGAAUAUUUUUGUUGUCCGGCUCGUUCUUAUCCCCAUGGACGGGGUUUUGUAGCGUUUCAUCGUCUCUGGUGUGUUUGCCGCCGGCCGUCGUUCCAACCGCGGGCUCGCCCGUCUCCUCCCUUUCAAUCCUAGGCUCCAACAUCAAGACGAGAUAUAGGUAAUGUCAGCAGGCGUGACAGACCAGCGGAUGAAAGGACAAGGGAAUCAAGUAACAAAUGGUCCUAAGGAACACGUGACAGAACAUGAAGACUUUGACACAUGGAGAGCUCAACAACAUCAGGGUUACACCACACCGAUAUCAACAACAAUGGCAUCAGAUCCUUACAUGCCAAACUACUACGGGACGUCAUUCCCGUACCAAGCAUUUGGAGUGGGAGAUGGCACGUGGUCUAACAGCGAUCCGAUGACUUUCUUGGGAGGAUAUGGAGGCCAAAUGGCUCCUGACUCAUACAGUAUGGAUGGGAUGUUUGGUGGUGCAUUCGGCCAAGCAGCAGCUCCUGCAACAGGUUUUAAUUACUUCCAUGGGAACGGAGACUACUCCACCUGGGGGAAUUCUGCUGCCAUGUCGAGAAAGCCUCACUAUGAUGAGUUUCCAAUUUAUCCUGGAGUUGAAGCUCUCAAGGGCAUUGAACACGGGAUGCAAGGACUGGGCUUGACUGAUCCAAAAGGUGAGAACAAAGAGAUCAAGGACAUGGGGAGUGUCAACCAGCCCAAGAAAAUGACUUGGGCAACAAUCGCUAGUCAGCCUGCGAAGCCGCCCCAGAUCGGGAUCAAGAAAAAAGGCCCAGGCAUGCCUCCCCGGCCGAUGGUGCUAGGGAAGCACAUGGACAUAGGGACCUGGGAGAGCAAGAAUAACAGCAGUGUCGUUAAAACAGGGAUCGAGGCGCCGCUGCCGCCUGCACCUGCCGUUAGGCCCACGUGGCCAGGACCAAUGAGGGCGACUGCCCCUCCUCAAGCCCAAGCAUACUUACCUGCACCUCCACCUCAUAGGCAUCCUGUGGCAAUCGUUCCUCCUCCCCAACCUCUACCUCCACCACAGCCGAUAGCCCAACUCCCUCCUCCUCAGCAGAUGAUUCCACAAUCUCAGUCAUCCAUACCUUCGCAUCCAGUAUUGGACGAGCUUAGAAUUAAAAACAAUUACAACCCAGUGGACUUUGAUUUAUCCGCGAAUGAAGCAAGGUUUUUUGUAAUAAAAUCUUAUUCGGAAGAUGACAUUCACCGGUCUAUUAAAUACGAGAUAUGGUGUUCGACAGAGCACGGAAAUAAGAGACUUGAUCAAGCGUUUCACGAGCGCAAACUAGUGGAAGGCGGUGUAGUUUAUUUGUUUUUUUCAGUGAACGGUUCCGGGCAUUUCUGUGGUAUGGCGCGUAUGAUGUCCGCGGUUGACUAUAACGCGUCCAGUUCGGUAUGGUCUCAGGACAAAUGGAAAGGACAGUUCCGUGUUAGGUGGAUUUAUGUUAAAGACGUUCCGAACACUCAACUGAAGCACAUAAGACUUGAGAACAAUGAAAACAAACCUGUGACCAAUUCUCGGGAUACACAGGAAGUGCCACACGAACGGGGCAAACAGGUAUUACGUGUCAUGCACACUUAUAGACAUACAACAUCUAUCUUCGAUGACUUUAUUCAUUAUGAGAGAAGGCAAGAAGAGGAAGAUUCAAAAAAAGAAGCUUCAGCAAUGGAACCCAUCCAGCACCAGAAUUCACAUCACAAGGUAGGGAAAAUCAAGGAUCGAGAGGGACGAGGACGGGGGGGAGGAAGAGGAGGUAGAAGGGAGCAAUAGUUACGUUUGUGAAAUGAACUUAUAACACACAACCAUAUUUUGCCAUUGGCAUAAAAAAAUUAAUGGCUUGUUAUUUCAGACAGAUCUAAUUUCAAUCAAUAAUCAGUACUAGGGCAUUUUUUUCCUUUGUUUACCGAUUACUUAUUUUUAUAUAAUUUAUAUUUAUUUUGGAUUAUUACAGUAUAUGAAUACCCACAUGUAAAAUUAUGAAACACCAAAAAUGAAUAUAUGAAUCAUACGAUUUAGUAAAUGUUUGGAACUUCUGUGAUCUUGGCAGUGCCUAAAAUGCCAAGUUUAUUCUAUUAAUCACAGGAUUCACUUGAUUUUCACGUUACUAAUAUUAAUUUGGGUUAUGGCUUAUAUUAUUUUAGUAUAUUUUAUCCUGUAAUUUUGAAUAAUUGUUAUCAGCUCUAUAAAUCCGUUAACUUCCUUUUCUUCUGACAUAUGCUUUUGAAAAUUUGACUAGUUAGGACCAAAUCUGAUUAUAACAUAACACGUUAAACUUUGUUCAUCAGCAUAAUUAUUUAAAAAUGAAUGUCUGCAAUAAUCCUUACAUUCUGUGCAAAAUCUACAAAUUAGUUGGAUCAUUACAGGAUUUUCAGUGCACAAUUGAAAAAAAAAUAACUUGUUAUUUUUCGUCCUUUGCUAUUACACGUAAAUUUACAAUUGAAAUAAAUGAACUUUCCUAUAAUAAUUAAUAAUAAUUAACUAUUUUUAGCUGUGCUUUUUGUUCGUUUAAAAAAUAUCAACAACUUAGGAAAAAAGUGAAAUUGAUUUUGAAAUUUUGUGAUAAUACGUUUAUCAUUUGUGUAACAAUUGUGUUUUCUUUGAAAUUGUCUGUUAUAUUAUAAAACUUAUAAACAGUUAACACUACACGAUUCAAUUUCUUUAAAACUUACUGGCUUGGGACCUUUAGAACAAAUCAAAUUUGUAGAAUUUGUUUUUAUAAUGAUUUUGUUUUCAGAACAUAAUAGCAGAAGCAUAAUGUUUAUAUGAGUGGGUCUAAAACGACAUAAUAUUCCAUUCCAAAAUGUUUGCAAAUGUAUCAGGUGGCCACCGUGAGUGAUUUUAUAGUUGGAGAACUCAGGAGACUUAAAAAUAAAAGUUUGGGGAAAAAAGUAUGAAAAAUCAAGACUUUUGUGCUAAAGUGGAUGUUUUGUGAAUAAUGUACAAUGAACCAAGAAAAAAAGUGCUGGACAGUGGGUGAUUUGAAGAUGCAAGACUGGAAAAAUUAAUGAACUUGUUUAACUUUAUAGACUGGUUAUCAAUUUAGUGUUUCAACCCCCUAAUCAGAGGAUAUUUUUGUUAUGAAUUUCUUGUUUUAUGCAGAAGUAAUAUUUUGUUACUGAUAAUCUCCUGGAGGAGUGAGGCAAUGUUGUUUACAAACUCGGAACUUUAAGAUUAAAGGGUUCAACAUUUGAAUGUCUUAUGCUUCUUGAACUAUUAAACAAGCAAAAAAAAAGAUAAGUUUUGUUAUAACAAUUGUUAU